AUGCCGUGGAUCUCAACGGAGAACAAGGUGCGGAUGCUGGAGUACAAGAUCCGGAUGGACCUGGUGCAGUAUGCGGCGCGCGGGUGCCCGCCGCUCCGCCUGGACGAUGUCAAGUCAUACAGGCCAAAGGACAAAGAUGAGGGCAAGGACUUGGUCUCCAAGCCGACUGAUGACGGCCACACGAUCAAGGUUGUCAGAGCACUAGGUAUUUGCCAGGAUCUUUCAGCAAAGUAUGGCGACAAACCCUGGAUCAAAAUCAAGGAUGAGGAGUGGCGCAACCUCACCUAUAUGUUAUUGGACAGCACUGAACAUGAUGAGACGAGAUGGGUUCGCUCAGCGGGCUUCGAAGAGGCGUGGAAGGAUGUUCCUGCUCGCGAUUGA